AGGAGAUGGGGGGGGGCGGGAGUUGCUGAGCUCUUCUGGAAGCCAUAACUUGUGCAAAGCUGACCCUUAUGUAUAACCAGAAUAUCCACGGGAGCACAAUGAAUGAUUCUGUUGGGUCCAGCUGCUGUGCUCAAGGACUUCAGACGUAUAAAGAUGUCAAGGAAUAUUAUGGAAAAUACCUCAAAAGUUCAAAGGAUCUGAAAACAAAUGCCUGUGUGGCUCCUUCGAGGCCGUUACCAAAACAUAUACGAGAUGCCUUGAAAGAUGUUCAUGAAGAUGUUUCCUCACGGUACUAUGGAUGUGGGCUUGUGGUACCAGAAUGUUUAGAGAACUGUAGUAUUCUGGAUCUGGGAAGUGGAAGCGGAAGAGAUUGUUACAUGUUGAGUAAAUUGGUUGGACAGAAAGGCCAUGUGACAGGAAUAGAUAUGACCGAUGAGCAGGUGGAAGUGUCAAAGAAAUACAUUGACUAUCACAUGAAAAAAUUUGGUUUUCAGCAAGCCAAUGUGGAUUUUGUCCAGGGGUAUAUUGAAAACCUCCAUUCUGUGCAGAUCAAAGACAAAAGCUGUGAUAUUAUAAUAUCAAACUGUGUGAUAAACCUUUCACCUGAUAAGAGGGCUGUGUUAAGAGAAGCCUACAGAGUAUUAAAGGAUGGUGGUGAAAUGUACUUUAGUGAUGUUUAUUCAAACAAACCGGUUUCUGAGGAACUGAAAAAGAACAGGUUGCUCUGGGGUGAAUGCCUCAGUGGAGCAUUAUACUGGAAGGACCUCCUGCAGAUUUCAGAGGAGAUUGGUUUCAGCCGCCCACGGUUGGUAACCUCCAGUUUAAUCACUGUUGACAACCAGGAGCUGCAGGAGAUUCUUAGUGACUACAGCUUUGUCUCUGCCACCUACCGUCUCUUCAGACUGCCACAGGGCACAGUGAACGAAAAUUGCCAAGUUAUUUACAACGGAGGGAUCACAGGCUGUGAGGAAGAGCUGCAGUUUGAUGCUAACUUCACUUUCAGGGAAGGGGAAAUUGUUGUAGUUGACGAGGAGCUGGGGGCAAUCCUGAAGAACUCUAGAUUGGCUGAUGAAUUUUUAUUCCGUCCAUCUGAGAAGGGAGGUCCAUCCAGCAAAUGCCAGCCCAAAAAGGAAGUCAUUAGUGACCCUUUCCAGCUUGCCCAAGAGGCCAGGAAUCAGCCUCAGUCUCCCAGUUCUGGAUCCUGCUGUGGCCCAAAAGGAUGUUGCUAGCGAUGAAUGAGUGAUUCAGAGAAACCUGAGGAGAGAGGGAUCAUUAGACAUCACCCAGCCACAGAUCUCAAAGGCACUAAAUCUCUUCUGCCAUUCCUGAUUCUUACAAACGUAUUGUGAACUCUGAUGAGCAGGGGGCCACUUACCUCCUGUAUAAGUCAGUAAUGGUAUAUGUAUCCAACUUUCUAGUUUACAGUAUGUUGGAACUUAAUAAUUAUGUUAAUAAUUUUGAUUUAAAUUUAAUUAAUUCCAGGUGGCCCAGAUUUUUCAGCAUUUCCAGCACAGCCCCUAGGCCAAAAAAGCAGAUACCUCAUGUAUCAGUCAUUAUUUGUAUAUGUAUCCAACCUUCUAUUUUACAGUGAGUUGGAACUUUAUAAUUAGGUUAAUAAUUUUGAUUUAAAUUUAAUUCCAGGGGGCCCAUAUUUUUCUGCCUAGGGGCCAAAUUUGCAAAUGAACUUUAUUUAUAAUGAAACUAAAAUCUGUGUAUUACAAUAUAGCCAACACCCCCCCCCCCUUCCAGGAAUUACUCACCCCUGAGCUCUUUGCUCUAUAUGAAAGCAGUAGGCCUAAAAACACUUUUCUCUACUUGUCUACUGUUCCUAACAUCUGAAUUUAAAGCUCCCCAUUUGACGCAUUUGAAGUGGUGAAAGUCUGAACUUGAUACCAAAUUUCUUAAAGGGGAUGUUCACCUUUAAAUUGACCUUUAGUAUGACAUAUACAUAUUCUAUGACAAUUUGCAUUUGUUUUUUUUUUUAGUUUUUGUGUUUUUUUUUUAGGUAUUUAGCUUUUUGUUUAGCAGCUCUCAAGUUUGGAAUUUUUGCAGGGGUUGCAAGGGUCUUGCAACCAGGCAGUGGUUUAAAUGAACAACUGCAAUACUGGAUAGAAAGAUAAGUAAUACAGAGUAACAACAAUAAUAAAAUUGUAAAAUUACAGAGCAAUAGUUUUUAGCUGUCAGGGUCAGUGACCAAAGCUGGAAAGAUGUAAAAGUGGAAGGCAAAUGAUUUAAAAACUAUAAAAAUAAAUAAUAAAGACUAAAAGUUAAUGUAACGGUGACCAAUUCCUUUAACUGCCUUGCAGAUAUCCCCACACUCAUUCCCUCUGCAGCUUCUAUACAACUUUAUCUGCCUGUUCUGCAGCCCCCACUCCAGCCAUCCAGUUAGCUUCCCUCAAGCUCUGUCUCUAUCAUCCACAACUCAAUGCACCAGUGGCGGAACUACCGGGGGAGCAGGGGGUGCGAGCGGGCCAGGGCCCGCACCCCUUCAGGUCCCCCCCGGCAGCCCGCGCACCAUUGAAAAUGUGGGAAUGUUGGCCAUAUGGAGGGGGCGGGGCCCGGCUGCGCAUCAUGCACCAGGGCCCGCCCCCCUCUAGGAUUGCUACUGCCCUGCACCCUCACUGAUACAAAGGGGGUGAUCUAAUUGUAACAGAUGAGUGAGUUAGCAUAGGAAUUGUAUUCAUUGAAAAAAUUAAUAAAAUGGAAAUUGUGA